CCGGGUUAUCAUACCAAACAUUGUUUUGGAGGAGUGGUUCUUCAUGCAUGAGUGAGUUCAGUUGUCAGUUGUUUGCCCCAGGCGAAUAUUGUUUCUCUUAAUGUUUCUUCAUUUAAAGAAUGCGGUGUAGAAAAUGAAGGGUGUCUACGUCUCUACGGAAACUAAAUGAGAUAAAGUAUAAAAUCUGACUCGAGAGUACAGCCAGUGUUCAUCAUGCACUGAUCGGUAUGCUUAAUGGCGACGCCUAGUCCCGGCAAUGGUACCGCCGCCAAUGGGGGUGGGGAUGAAGAAGGGGGUGGGGGAUGGGGCGUGUUCAAGCAGUUGCUCCUCCCCCUAGUGGCCACGGUGUGUGCCUGCUUCUGGCUACUGUUUAUCACGUACUACCACUCGCGGUGGUGGGGGUUCGUGCUGACCAAGAUCGCAAAUCGCUUCAUCAAGGAAGGAUACAUACAUAUUGGCUCCAUCUCUUUCUCGGUGCUGUCGGGCAAAUUGAUGUUCCGAGACGUGGCCUACAUCACAGCUGACUACGCAUUCAGAGUGCAGGAUGGCCUGUUAAUUCUCAGAUGGUGGAGGCAGUAUCUACCAAUAGGACAUCAGGACGAUGCCUUGCAGUGUGUCAAUCGGGUCUACGUCCUUCUGAACGGACUGGAGUUGCACUGUUACAACGUCUCCAGUGUCUACGAGGAAAUUGAGAAGUCCUUCCAACCAAAGACGGAGGCGGGAACUGAAUCGCCAGGCAACAGUGGCUCAGGGGAUAAAAGGUCUAAAGCGGCCUCCUUGCAAACCAGACCCGCGUUGCUGGACUGGAGAGAUUUUGUAGGCGUUGUUAAAUUUGACAUUCACAAUGGUCGCACAGUUUUCGGCAAUCGCUUCGUUCCUAGCGUACUAAUCCUAAGCAUAGAAGAUGCCCAUGGCUCCUACACGACGCGAUCACCGUCCGCCCCGUGGGAUUUCUUCAUGCAUGAGAUCCUAUGUGAAGGGGAACAGUUUAAAGUCAUCCUGGCUCCGAGCCCAAAGUUUGAAGGACCAACGGAUGAGCCUCCUCGGUACAUGGGGGAAGGCUUUGUGGUGGUUCAGUCCAACACACUGCACUUCCAUUACUCGCAGGAUGAAGCAGGUUAUGUUCCUGUGAAGAAUGAGUGUGGUGCUGAUGAGUUGAUCCCUCCCUGCUGGGCGUUAGACAUCACCUGUGGGACGGCCACCAACAUCAGCUAUGGGCCUUGGGCAGACAGACAAAGAGAUGCGUUACACAAGUUCUUCUUCCCACAAGGCUACAAGACCCAUGAGGUCUCCUCCAAGGCCAGGCCGGGCCAGAAGAGACAAUUCACAAGCUUUGAGUUCCGAUUGAACACCGUCGCUGAAGCAACCAUCGACAUUCUCUUCAGUAAAGAUAAGGAAACCAACGCUUUUCACAUCGACGUUGACAAGGCGUCGUACGUUGAAGUCAGUAUUCCGUUACUGAUUGGGCCAGAGGGGUACCACACAAGGGUCACAGGUCAACUGCUCCAUGUAGACUCCACCACCAGCAUGGAGUAUCGCUCACUCAUUGAGAGCGAAACAUUACAGUUUCAAGUUGCCAUGCACUACCCGCGAGUCUGGAACCAUCACCAGAACUGGGAAGUCACGCUCACGUUCAGCAAGGCAACUACGCACCUGAUGUAUGCGCACAAGGGCUUCAUAAGUGAUUUAUUCUCAGACUGGUCUAGCAAGGGUCGCUCGGAUUUGUUCAGCUUUGUCCCUUACACGCUGAACCUCAACAUCAUCUUGAGAGAGUUCGUAUUAAUGCUGCCCACCAACAAGUACAAUUGGGUGGACUGCUCGUCCAGUCUGCAACAAAACGUUUUUAUCGGCCUGGUUGGGGAUCUUCUGGAUUUGUCGAUUGUUCUUCCGUACUCGGACUACCUGCCUCCAACCCUACCAGUCAGAGUUCUGCUCAGGGCGGACUCAGUCUCGGGCCGCCUAUAUUUCCCAGAAUGCUACAGCAGCCAGCAUUGCCUGCAAGGCUUAGACCGCUCCACCAAGACACCGGAUACUUGGGAGGACGACAAGAAAUUACUGGGGCUGUCCUUGGAUCACUGGCAAGGCAUUACGGAUGGGGAUGGUUGGGUGGAAUGUGCUGCAGUUCCCUACGUCGCAGUCAGCAUUACUUACACCUAUCACCCUAUGCCGUUAGAGGAAGACUCCCCCAUGAUCCAGAUCCGAUGCACCCCUAGCGGCAGGCACGAACACCAGACCCACCCAGCCCAGACCGGCUACGCUGGAUGGAAGAGGGCAGGGUGCGUGGCCGUGCCAUCAGAGUGGCCCCCUGAUCGCUUGCAGCUGGAAGUUGAUAUCGGGCCAGCAAUCUUGAUGGCAUAUGGGUCUAUCGUCAAGUGCAUAUUGGCCCUGAAGGAAAACUAUUUUGGCGUAGACCAAGUCCCGACGGACUUCAUCAGAUCGCCCAGCGAUGGUCUGGGGGACGGCCCCAAAGAUGCAAAGGGGCGCGUAGUCAAUGGUCUAGCGCUCAGACCCAUGGACGUCAUCGUCUCUCUGAACGUGGAUGGCAUAAAGGCUACGCUUCCUGUGUAUUGUGGCAAAGCGGAGCCGUCCUGCCCCAUAGCAGUACUCGACCAGCUCUGCUUUGAGCUUCAGAAAGGUCACUCUGAGACAAGACUUCAGCUGCUCCUGUCCCCCGUCACUAUCAUGGUCUCAGAUUCACAGAAGAGACUCGAUUCUCAUCUCUGUGACGGCCAUCUGGGAUUGUCCGGUCUGCAGCUACGCGGCCAUGCGAUGUUCUCAGAUGAGGGUCUACCUGUGGAUAGCGCGACGCUAGAAUAUGCCUGGCUACUGGAUCUCCAGAUGGGUGUCCUGAGCGGUAGACUCACUCCUCCUCAGAUGCUGUCCCUAGUCAGCUUCCUCCAGCUCUUCAUCCAUCUGGCCGUGGACCCCCUGGACGACCUCCAGAAGCCAAUCACAUCCAAGUAUUGCGUUCACAUGGACAAGCAGCAGCAGUGUCGCAUCAAGGAGCCGCUCUACCCGGUACCCUGCCCGACGGAGGAUGAUUUCAAGUAUCGCAUGCUGCGGGUCAGUCUCAGGAUGGUGGAUCUUAUGCUGGUGGAGACUGGCUGUGCCCUGCAGUGCCAGGUUGGGUCAUUGAACAUGGGUAAAUGCAACCUGCACAGUGUGAGCAUCGGUGAUGGCUUGAGCACUACCAUCCAACAGAUCCAAGUCAAGCAGUUUGUCUGCGAGUCCAACAAGCCCCAGGCAGCCUGGCUUCAAGCUUGCUCCGUCGACUGCCCCGAGCUGCAGCUAGACCUGGCCGACUUGCUCCAGUCCAAGGAUUCCUUCAAGGCCCAGAACCACUUCCUGACCACCCACGACCGCAAGAGCCGUCGCCUCUGGUUCCUCUGGCAGGGGAAUCCGGACGAGCCCAUGAGCCAACUCCGCAGCAAGUGUGGCUGUCGCGGCGGCUGCCUGUUCUUCAACGCCCCCGAUGUGAACACCAUGUCCAACUGGAUUGGGGAUGCUGCCUGGAGAGCUCCUUUAACGGAGGUGGAUCACGACUACGGUCGCAGCAUUCUCCAGCAGGGCCAGUGGAUCUUCUCAGUCUGCGACAGGACUCCUGUGGACUCUCCCUCGAGGGAGUUCAGAUUCACCCAAGGUUUUGUCGGCAGCGCCGCUCCGAUUCUCCCCGGAGAUCUACAGGCAGCUGAUUUCCAAGUAGAGGCUCCGGACGCGGCAGGGUCUUUUGGAAUACUCCCAGAACCUCCCAAGGAGCCUUCAAAGAGAGACUCCAGCUCUGUCUCAGUCCCUGACUCCCAGCAGCAAGCUUCCAGGAAUGUUUCACUGAGUACCAGUAGUGCCCAGGCCAGCACCACAUCGGACCCGACCCUGACAAUCAAGACCGGUUCGGAUAGCUCCGUCUUUGAGCGGCAUCCGUACCACUUCCACGGCAGCUCCCACAGCCUGCCGGUGGAAACCAUGGCCCUGCAUAACAAACUUACCCUAGGCCGGGGUAAUCUGAGCGCAGAGAUGAUCCAGCGUCUCCGCAGUGAAUCCCUCAUUGACCAGUCCCCUCUCAGCCCUACUCUCCUGAGAUCCAAGGAAGUUCCUGAUAUCCCACACAUGAAGAACAGCCGCGGCUCCGUCUCAAGCCAUGCCGAGAGUGAGUACUACUCGGCGGAAGAUGAUUUCACUCUCACUGACAGCAUGAGCAAGACGCUCAUCGAAACUCCCUCCAGCGGCAGCUUCGAUAUCAACGCUCCUGAAAGUUCCCCAUCAAAAUCCUUCGCCGAUGAGACCCUAUCUUCGGCAUCCACUCAGCAAGUAGAAUCUCCAGAAUCUCUUCAAAGACAUGAUGACACAGACCGGAGGAGACAUUCAUCCUCUGCGUCUUUCGUCUCUGCCGCAUCCACUGAGAGCAGUAUGCACGCUCAGAAGAAGUCCAAAGACGCGGCUCCCCAGAGCCCAAGCUUACAGCACCCCUGGGCGUCUACAAAGGCCUACUGCCAUCACCUAACGCUCUGGGGUUGCAGUGGCUGGGUGACACACCCACCAGGCCACACCCUCCAGACACACCCUCCUUUCAGCCCACUCUGCGCCCCUGCCACCACCCUCAUCAAGGGUAACAUCCCGCUUCCGGAUUUCACCAUCAGCCAGCCGGGCUUGAAGCCGGGACUCGUGACGAUGACAGACGUCGAGCAGAACGACAUUGACACGGAGUCGGAGUCCGAAGACGAGGACAGUGCAGACAGCGAGAUGUUCCUAGGACUUCCUCCGCAAGAAGUGAGACGCCACAAUCGGGUCCACUCAUCACCACCCACCUACCAGUCCACACAGACGCUUGUCAAGGAGUGUCAGAGUUCUUCAACGUCGGCUAUCCUCUCGAUCAAAGGAGCCCUUGAUAUUCUGCUCACGCCACUUCUGAUGCAAGUGAUUGACAGAUAUUUACAGUCUGCGGAGAAUGUGUUAUGCGUGCGACACCCUGAAGCCAUCGUAGACGUGCUUCACAUGGACUGCAUAGGUGACGUGCAGGCGGCCUUCAAGAGUGCUAACAAGGCAGCCGGACUCAAGAACAGCACCGAGUCCACCGUUAGCUUGUCAGUGGCUGUUCCUAAGAUUAAUCUACUUGUCCUGCAAGCGUCCACCGACUUUGACCAGCAUCAGCACCACAUCACCCAGGCCUCCCUGUUAGUCGGCUGCAUUAGUAACAUCCAAGUCCAGCUCAUGAACAGAUCCACGGCCAGGCAGCCGGACUCCAACACCCCCAGCCCCGCCGAGAGAAAACAGAAACUGGAGGAGCUCCUGCCCGGGUCGCGGUACGGACUCCACAACGUGGAUCAGGACUCGGGCUCUAAGAACUUGGAGAGUUCCACAGUCGGGCGUGUUGCGAUCGGCAAGAUCCACUGCCAGUUGAGGGGGCUGGACUGCCCGGGGAAGGAUAGACGGAGUCGGCACAUGUCGGGGGUGACGUCCAUCCCGCAGUCACUAUCCAAGGUCAUGUUCACACUGGCACCACACUCCGGCUCCCAAGACGCAGACGACGUGAUCAUGCCGCCUCCCACCAGCUGCAGUCUCAUGGAAUGCGGCAUCGAGGGCAUCACACUCAGCGCCAGCAUGCAGUGCGCACCGGUCACCCCUCAACCCUCCACGGCCGGCCCCUCCCGCACCCACUCCCGCCAGCCCAGCCAAAACUGGCAGAUCUCCCCCGAGUUCCUGUCCACCACCCAGUCCGACCACCAGAGCCUCCCGUGGGCAAGGGCUCGCAGCGUCGGUGACAUUCACCCCGGGGUCUCGUCGGGUGCCGAUUUGCGACACUCAGAUAUCACUCUAGCUAUGAGGAAGCAGGCCAGCAAGUCUAGUAAGUCUCGGAGCGUGGAUGGCAAAAUGGUGAUCAGUUCGGUUUGGUUACAUGCGCCCACUCCUAGCAGGCUGUCACAUGACCAUGCAGUAGGUGUUCAAUCUGGUUUGAAUCCGGUCAGUGCCCUGUCACUGGUCGUCACUACCUGGCUCCCCGCCUCCCAGCAAGCAUUACUCAGGCUGAAGAGUCUGCGGGCUACCAACCAUCUGCGCGUCUGCGCGGUCAUGGCGUGUAUCAUGGCCGAAGCGCACGAGAUGACCUCAACGCAUUACAUGACUGCAAAGAGCAAGUACAAGCGCUGGACAGCGGAGACAGAUUCCGUCAGCCAGGACCUAUCCUGCCAGCUCUUCACAACCCUCUGGUACUACCUCCACAGCAGCAACCCCCAGCGUAUCGAGAAGCUAGUCAGCGAGGAUGUACCUCCGAUCCUAGUCCUGGAGCAAGGCACUCACGCCUUGAUCAGACAGUGGAAGGUUAUCCUAUCCAUGCUGAAUCCGGCCGUCACGGCCGCGCAGUUCCCCGCGAGCAGAAUUCCACAGCUAGAAGAACAAGAGGGCGUGGAUCCCCUGGCAACAGCAGCCCUGGAUGCCAAUCUUCCGGGACACACGCUCCAGACUCAGCACUCGGGAGCCAGCAUUGAUUUGGACGGUAACCCGCAAGACAACGCUCCGCAGCUGGUCACCCAAGCUGGAGCAGAGAGGGAGGAUCCAGAAUCGGCAAUGCUGAAACCGUACUCCAGCAAGUACGGGACUGGGUACAGCAUGUAUGAGGAGUUUGCUGGGACAAGCAAGGCUCCGGAAAGCGCGGAGAAAUCCCACGACGCACCAGGCAACGUAGUGGGCGACGCGGGGGACCAUUCACGUCACCGGUCCCAGACUGCCAGCAGCUACACUCAGAGCCUCACAGGAACACCGGGAAGGCAUCAGACUCUGGAAGCAAGUCAAAAGCUCAGUAUUGACAGCGCUGAGUUGGGGGUAGAGCCCAUGGAAGACGAGAGGGGUCCCGAAGAGGCGGGAAUUCCAGAAGAGGCUUACCAUAACCCAGCCCCACCAGAUCUGCCUUUCAAUUUACCCUACUCCAGCAGCUUCAUCCCGGAUGCCACCAUCACGCCAACCAUCAUGCAGCUCGGGGAUGCAGACAUCCUCUUCAAGCCCCUCCUGAAGCAUCUAGGAAUCGCCCGCAAGCAGCCGGAGCACUUCAUCAUCAAGAAGAACCUCCAACAGACUGGACUAACCAUCGAGCUCCAGCGUCUGAGCCUCACCAUCGUGGAGUCAUCCUCACGUCCGCGCAGCAGCAGCCGGGGGAAGAAAUCCCGCGACAAGGAUUCCUCCCGCAACAAGGCUUCCUUCCCUUCCUUCUCCAGCGAGAGCCUGGUCUUGAAGUUCUCCCUGAAUGAGUGCUUUGAAACCGGACGCCAAACCCCAGAGGUUGGUGACCGGCCCCUCAAACCUUCUCCCUCAGAUUCGUCUGGCGUACCGGUCAACCAAGCCGGGCAGUGCCAGGCGGUAGCGGCCUACAUGUCCGUCCACUGGACUCGGGCCAUGCCCGUCAUGAACAUGCCUUUACUGAGACUCCUCAGCCAGCUAGUCCAAGUCGGUCAAGCCAUGCAAGAGGCAAAGCGCCACCUUCCAAGCAGCAAGAGCGGAACUGACACAGAACCCAGCACCAUGAACUCUGAUCUCUCAACCACCUUGAUCCGGCAACAGGCCACCCUUCCCCGCAUCGACAGUCCGGACGGUCAUCACGGCGACACCAUUUCCUUCAGCUCAAACGCAGACAGCGAAGUCAUCGCCCAGUGCUGGCAGACCAUGUACCACCUCAUGAACCUGUACUCCGGUGUGACGCAGCCAAUCAACAGCCUCGAUACAUCCCAUGUGAUUAUCAAUCCUUUGUUUCGGAUUGAGAACGAGCAGAUGAUUGGGCGGCCCAGAGACAGAGGAUCAACACUUGAAUACAGGAGAUUAGUGGAAGACUUGGACGAAGCGGACGGCGGGUUGCCAAGCAAGAUGACCAAAGAGGAGCAGGCCCAGCAGCCGCUUCACGUCUCCAUGCUGUGUACGAUCCUUCUGGAGGAGCUGUGCAUAGUGUCCCAGCUAGCUGGCUUGCAGAGCGAAGCAGAACUCAACAACAUCACGGCUAGCAUCAGCACCAAGCAUCUAGUGCCUGCACCAGGGAGUGGUCGAAAGCAGUGGUCCCAACGAUCAGUUUUAGUCAGUUGCGAUGAGGCCAUCGUUGUGUUGUCGGAAAGGCAGAAGCCAAACCCAUUGUGCGUUGUGACGUUGACGUUGGACAAGCCGCAAGCGUCCUGUGCCGCGGCAAGCCACGCUAACCCAGGCCACAUAGCCACACACUUCAACCUCCAGUCCCUCGACGCCAGCCUGCCCAUCGGCCUAGCGACACUGCACGGCGUCAUCACCCGCAGCAAACGCAAACUGACACACCGCAUCAAGGAGCUGCAGUCGGCCCUGACCAGACCCCAGGGGGUGGAUGAGAUAGACGGGGUGGGGGACGGGGUGGGGACAGGGGAGGAACACAGAGGGCAGGCAGACCCUGUGACAAGCACAGAGGCCAUCCCUGGCGAGGUCCCUGCACCUGCAUCGAUUUCUUGGCAGGUUACCAGCACUCUGAAAUUGAACAAUGUCUGCUUGCAGGCGGCCGUCUUGCCUUCACUGAAAGCUCAAUACAUAAUCCGUGAAAUCAAAGGCACCUCUUCCUCCGACGCUGGAGUGAAUAAGUACGGCCUGGAAAUGCCCACACACUGCCUCAAGUUCAGCUCCAAGGUUCAAGACGGAGAUGAAUUAUCGACUGCCGAGAUUGACCUGCCUUGCAUUUCGUUCAGUGGCCGUUACAUCUUGCCUGAACAAGAAACCAGUAAAUCGGCAACGGCAGCAGCAGCAGCAGCAGCAGCAGCGACUGUUGCUCCUAGCCGCACCAGCCUUGAUGCUGAACUCACCAUCGAUGCGUUAAAUCACAACAUUUCCACUAGUCUAGUCAACCAUCUCAUUACUGUGCAUCAUGUCUUCCUGACUGAUUUGUCGAGUAUGAUGGAUCACAUGUUUGGAAUGGAGGAGUCGGCGAAGCCAGUGCAACUAGAGGAUAAAACCCAGCCUGCUGCGACCGAUCGCUCGGAUUUUGAUAUCUCCGUGCUCGUCAAAUUCAAAGGAGUGCAGAUUACUGCCACCACUCCUUCAGCUAGCGCCAUGAGGCUUGAGACUGGUGCUGUAGAGGUCCAGUUAUCCAAUAGAAUGGCUGGAGCUGGAGGUGCCACCAUUACCGAGCCGGGAAGCAUGAAGCUGUAUGCCAAAGCCUUGAUCGAUCUCAACAUAAGUCUGGGUACCAUGCAGAGGUCACACGGGGUCAGUGAGGUCGACCCCGAGCUUCAUCAGUUGGCUUAUUUCAAGGCCAACAUUGGACUGACUAAUGCGCCGAGACAGGACAACAUGGCCUCCCUCAAGGAUGAGAAAUCGGCCUUUCUAGUCACUCUGACUAAGCCUAUAUUGUACCUCCAGCCCAGCGCAGUUGAUAUAGCUGUGCUAGUCUGGGUGUGUUACCACAGCGCCUACGAGCUGUGGCGAGACCAACAGAAGGCCACAUCAGGCCCCCGAGUCCCAGCCAGGAACCUACUGCAUCGACAGCCCACCUCCCUGGAGAAACUCAGCUCUGUCUUCUUGCAACUCACCUUGCAGGAUCUAGGGGUGUGCAUUCCUAUCAACCCAUCAUUCCAGAACAUCUCCAGUCUCUCUGGUGGCAUGCCGGAACCGGACUACCAUUCGGCUCUCGUUCUGACGUUGGAGAGCUCGCUGAUCACCGCCUGCUACAACAAGUCGCUAGUCACCAAGGGGUUCUUCCAGACUUUCUGUCUACGAUUCGCCGAGGACUUUAACACCUCUCUUGAAAACUGGAAACCGCUGAUAUACAAGGGGCUCAUGAAUGCAUGUGUCGUACCACAGGGAACGUUUGAGCUCUGCUCUAGGACAAUCAGUGCGGAUAGAACAGACCCAGCACAGACCUCCAACGCCGGCAAGUGGAUGCUGAAUUUCCUCUGGCGGAUGGAAGGCUUUGACGUCCAGGUCAAUCCGGCCAUCGGCCGGCAGCUGUCCGCCCUGGCCAACACGAUGACCGCGCUGGCCGAGGAUGACGAGGUGGAUGUGGCCGACCUGAGCUCGGUGGCGGAACCCCAGGACGAACCGGACGGAAUGGCAGCAAGCAGUGAAUCCAAACCGGCGCUGAGAAGACCCACCUCCCUGUUUGUCAGUAAGCAGGAUGCUAAGAAACAUUCCAAGAUGGUCAUGCAGGAGAUGACUGAACAGGCCAAGAUUGUCAGCGAUCUCAGAACCUUGGGAGCCAAGAAAGUUACCAUAGCUGAGGAGGCAGAAAAACUACGGCAGCUUGAGAUAGCUGUCUUCAAUGACUUCCGUCGAGACAUCCGCAAACGACUCAGGAUGCAAACUAUGAAGGCCUCGCUGAGGAGCAAGUUGACAGCAGGGCUUCCGAGGUCCCCGGCGGGCGUACCGCGCCAAGUCAGCAUGGGGGGCAGAGUCACAUCUCAGGGCAUGCCAGUCACCCCGAUACCUGGAACCAAACCAUUCCCAAAAUCAGGUACCAGACCGGGAAUAAUUCGUCAGCGAGCCGUUUCGGACAGUCCCAACGAGCACUCCUUAACUCGCGACCGAGUCUUCCUGAGUAGCUUACCAAUGCCUGGGUACAAGACACCAAUCGGCAAGCGCCCUCAGACCAUCGUCGAAUACCCGUCUGCUUCCUCCCAUGUCACAUUCAACCUUCCUCGCAACACCCCGAGCCCACUGGACGAGCUUCCGCCGUUCGUCAUCGGCGCCCAGACCGAGCCCAGACGUCGAAUCAAGAGCAUUGGGAGCCCCGAGUACUCAGAACUCAACACGACCAUCACGGAUCCGAUGGACACGGAUCGGGACUUGGCCAUGGUGGCUAGUAGUCGCGCCCGGCGGCGUCUGCUGAAGCUACACUCGGGGUCGGUGCCGGAGGAGAUGGAUAGCGGAAGCGAAGGGUCGGAUCACGAAGAGGAUACAUGUGCUACGUCACAGGCGACACACAGCUGGCCAAGAUCUCGAUCCUCCAGCGGUCAGCGUCGCAGUAAGUCCAGUCUGCAGCCAGACGCCCAGCAUCAAUCCCACCCUCAGCAGCCCCCGGCCUCCCCGGCCCACUCCACCAAGGUGGAACCCCCGACCGUGGACUUUGAGUUGGAUGUCAAGUUUAACAUCGACAGCGGCAUGCUGGUGCUGAACUGCCAUAGUCCUGAGGGUCAAGGCGAAGUCUCUAUGCUUGGACGUACCGGGGAUGUGCGCCGACCACCGGGCCUGUACGAUGACAUCAUCGCCCCUCACACCCGCCCACUUCCAAGCCGUCACCCCUCCCCCGGGUUGAGUGACUCAAGGACGGGGCAGGCCAAACAAUCCACAUUCUAUCUCCCAGCGUUUGAUGUCAAAUUGCACUACGAGUCGUCCACCAACAGUGCCUCAUCCAAUCGUCCCAGCGAAUCAGAGCGUGAGAGAGACCCCCAGCAGGGCACCACGAGCAGCACAGCCGACACGUCGUCAACAGAGGGCAGCAUUGAUAAGAAAUCGCACGGCAGCAAGCAAGCUGUACUCUACACAUGGUUUAUGCUCACUUCGCCUCCUAAGGAGGUAGUAGUGUCGCUAUCGUUGUUGGAUUUCUUGGAAGAAGCCCUGGAAACAGUUCCAGUAUCAGCAGCUACUGCUCAAGCAACCGAUCUGAACAAAAGUGUAGAAGACAUCGGCGUGUCGGCCAAUUCCUUGGUGUCUUCAUCUACGAUGGAUUCGAGUACGUUCCCGGUCGACGUCGUAGUCUAUGUUUGCUUGAGGCCAUCGGUCAUUUGCCUGAGCUGUCUGCCUGUCUCCAAGGUGGAGUGUUUGCUGAAGCUUCCUACUGUUGAGUUUGCGUUCUCAUCCCGAGGCAACAGUCAGAUUGAUCACUCCACCGAUGGCAAUUCCACGUUGGAUUCCUCACAAUCAUUAAAUGCACCCAAAGUUGGGAGCAGGCUGACAUUAGCAGGGGAUGGUACUGAUCGUGUCGGCCUGAGCAUCGCAGCUGUCAUGUCCGAUUUCUCCUUGUACGUGUUCCAUCCGUACGGCGGCAGCCAGCGACGAGAGAGAUUAGUUGAAGAGAUGGAGUUCAGAACAGACGCAAGCAGCGAGGACAGCAACGUUCCCUGGACCACGCUCUCCAGGAAGGACGCCCUCUCGCUCAAGGUCGAGUUCAUCAAAGUCAACAUGUCCCGCAAUCGUAAGCUGGUCACCGUCACUUCGGCCUCGGCCGCCUCUAUAGACCAGGGCGUGGAGAACUUAGCCGGUACCCGGCAGGACCAUUUGCAUCAGGAGAGACGAGACGCAGACACGUUAUUCGCCGCGUCACGCCCUCUGUCGCACCAGCAGUCUCCGCCCUUCUUUAGGGAUGAGCGACCCAAGUCACCAGCAUUGUCAUCUUCACCAAGCACUUCGCAGAACAACAACCAGUUUUCAAUUCUGUGUGACAUUGGCACGGCGGCUUUCAAAUACGACAUGCGACGUCUGACCGAGAUGAUGGCCUUCCCUAAAGCCUGGUAUCGCAAGAGCAUCAUGAAGUGGAUGUUCCUCGGUGAGGAGCAGACUGCACAGGAAAGCGAUGACCAGCUCUCAUCAGCUUCUGUGAGCAGUAGCGCCACGUCGUCCGACUACGAAGACGACUACUCCCCGCAGAAGGUCCCCCACCUGCUGAAGAAGCACACCCCGUCUCUCAAGAGAGACUUCCCCUUCCCUCCUCCCUCGCCAAGCAUCUUCAGUGUUCACUCUCAGCAUUCCAGCCCUGUUAGCCCGGACGCUAAGGGCUUACCCACCCAAACAGGCCUGAAGCACAAGCUGACCAAGGAGCCCCACCAGGACAAGCCAGACACCGUCGUGGGUGGCUUACCCACGGACUCCUUCCACCACAGCGGUAGCGGCAGUGGCACUAGCAGCUCAGCCGGGGGUACGGUCAAGGGAGGACCCACGUGGCACACCAGCGUGCGCGUCGGAGUCAACUUCACGAAGUUGGACAUCCAUAUGAAUAUGAGUAACGUCAUGGGCAGCACAGUUUGGUCAACCACGGAUCUGCGGACCCAGGGCUGGGUGUCCAUCGACAGCGUCGGUCGUAAAGAGAUACAGAUGUGCACCAGUUUAAGGCAGAGUACCUUGGAUGCCAAGGGAGGCGUGAUUGGUGGACAAGUGGCCAUUGAGCAACUCAGCGGAACACUGAAUCACUCCCAGCAGCCGUCCCACGCCCCAAGUCACAAGCUGGGCGCCGGCCUGGGGCUACUGACGGUGCGUAUGGACUACAUGGGAUCCAGUAUCAUCAUGCAGAGACUGGAUAAAGUCCAGGUCAAACUGAGUGAUGAAUGGAAACUGGCCGAGAUGACGGGAGCAAAUACUAGCCAUAGCAGAUCGUCAUCAGUCUAUCUAGACGGCCAGUUAGAGUGGGACACGUUCCAGCUCAUGCUGUCUCGCUCCAGCACCCCAGACCUCAUCAAGAUGACGUCUCGUCUUGAGGAGUUCUUCAGCCAGCAGUUCCAGAGCAGUAAGCGCAUGUUGGCGUCGUGGCAGCUAGGGGGCGUGGCUAGCAGUCGGCCCUCUAGUGGGGGGACGCGGACAGGCAGUGAGAGCAGCAGCACGCGGAGUUUGGAGAGACUCACGGUGCAGGCGGAGAGGAACUACCACCGUCACUGGCAGCCAGUCUUUGCCCUCCUCCGUAGUUGUCGCUCCAACAGCAAGCUCCUCCCCCCACAGUGGCACACUGGGAACCUAACCCUUGGUGGGCACGUCUUACUGAGCGGCAAUCGGGCCUUGCUGGCAUGCUUCCAUGGGAUCAACUUCAGGGCCAGUUCCUGGGCUCUCUUCACCCUGCAGGAGCCGGAGUUGCACUUUGAGACUGAAGCCGUACCCAUCAGGCCCAGUAGGAGCGAUGGCGAAGGUGGCACCAACAUCAUUGAGGACCUGGUCUUCAGUCUGGGUCACAACCAGACAGAGAGGGGUGAAGGGUCGAUGGGGGUCAUCUACCGGGUCACACGGACCGAGAGACAUCACUUCCCAACCAACGGAACCAUUGACCAGUGCUUCCACUACGUCUGCGCCAUCCGGGCGCCCGAAGAGUUUGAGCAUGUUCUGACGUCAAGCAGCAUGCCUGCCUACAGCUCCAAGGAGACGUUCAGACACACCGCCGAGCCAAUCUUUGCUCUGCCCAAAUUACAGCUGGAGAUGAAGUCUAACCACAUGCAGUCCACGCACAGCCCGGCACUCAAUGGUCCACCCCAGGCAGUGACUGUGAGUUUUGUCACUCAUUUCACCGAUCAUAUCAACGUUGCCAUGGAUAUUGAGCUCAUUCUCUUCCUGCAUGCGUUUGUCACGGCCUACAUCAGCUACAAAGACAAAGCUCCCCAGUCCCACCGUAACUCGGUUUCCAGCCGACCACCGAUGAAAGCCCCAACGGAACCGGAUGUCUUGCAGCUACCUGAACCGGCUAGCACGGGUACCAGUGAGGUCACGCCGUCUAGCGGCGCUAGCGAUUGGAGGGAGUUCCAGUGCAUCACCUGGCAGUUGGAGCCGACCAUUAGGCUGUUGUCUUGGGGAGGCAAGCAGAUCGAGCCUCUUGGCGUAGACUACAUCCUGCAGAAGUUGGGCUUCUCACACGCCCGGGUUACCAUCCCAAAAUGGAUGCAGCGUGGGGCAAUGGAUCCACUAGACAUGGCCCUGGCACUGCUGAUGGAAAGACUCAUUAAGUAUAUCAAGGAGAAGGACUGAGGGGAGUCUGGGAACUAGACCCAGCUGGAAAUGGAGUAGACUGGCGACGGACCUGACCACAUAACAUAGGUGUAUGAGGACAGGCAACAGCCUCACGCUUGUGAUAUAUUAUUGGUUGCCGUGCCUCUUGGCUGUGUCGACU